UGUUCAGUACACAAGGUCAGGAUGCUGCUCCUGUGUCACGCUCUGGCUGUAGCUGUUGUCCAGGUCUUUACCCUCUCAGAACACGGGGUGUUUGCCAAGAACAUCAACUUCUAUAAUGUGAGGCCUCCUGUUGACCCUACACCGUUUCCAAACAGCUUCAAGUGUUUUACCUGUGAAAAUGCAGGAGAUAAUUAUAACUGCAAUAGAUGGGCAGAAGACAAAUGGUGUCCACAAAAUACACAGUACUGUUUGACAGUUCACCACUUCACCAACCAUGGAAGAAGUACUUCCAUCACCAAGAAAUGUGCCUCCAGGAGUGAAUGUCACUUUGUUGGCUGUCGCCACAACCGAGAUUCUGAACACACGGAGUGUAGGUCUUGCUGUGAAGGAAUGAUCUGCAAUGUGGAAUUGCCCACCAACCACACUAAUGCAGUCUUCGCCGUGAUGCACGCCCAGAGGACAUCCGGCAGCAGUGCCUGCACACCCUACCUGCCAGUGCUUGCCUGGGUCUUCAUGCUUCCCUUGCUCUGAGACCGUCAUUCCUAGGAGAGGCAGAGAGCAGCCCUCUGAAGCACAAACCAAAAAUGUUGUGAACAGUGAACUGUGGAGUGAAGAUCGAUCUUGCACUUGGUGAUGAGGGCACAUGGACCCCAACACGAAAGCCAGUGGUUUGAUCCAUUAAGAUGCUCCCAUUUGAGGCAUG